GGAAGAGCGAGUUAUCUGUCCCCGCCCCGGCAGUUCAGUCAAUCCAACCUGAGGAGAAGGCGAGUCAACGGCUAAAAAUAUAAUUGCUAACACAAGAUGGCCGGUUUGCCUCGUAGGAUUAUAAAGGAGACACAGCGGUUGAUGGCAGAGCCUGUUCCAGGGAUCACGGCUACACCUGAUGAAGGGAAUGCACGCUACUUCCACGUGGUCAUUGCAGGGCCUCAAGACUCUCCUUUUGAAGGAGGCACAUUUAAACUUGAACUAUUUCUUCCAGAAGAGUAUCCCAUGGCAGCUCCCAAAGUGCGAUUCAUGACCAAAAUCUAUCACCCCAAUGUUGACAAGCUGGGAAGAAUAUGUUUAGAUAUUUUGAAAGACAAGUGGUCUCCAGCUCUGCAGAUUCGCACAGUGUUGCUAUCUAUCCAGGCAUUAUUAAGUGCUCCCAACCCCGAUGAUCCCCUGGCAAAUGAUGUUGCAGAGCAGUGGAAGAAAAACGAAAGCCAUGCCAUCGAGACAGCCCGAACAUGGACCAGGCUCUACGCGAGCAACACUGAAGUAUAGAGGAAGCGAGAAGAGGCGUCUGAAUGUGAUCUACAAAAUGUACUCCUAUUCUGUCAACAUUGAAUUUAACGGACACAAAAAGAGUUUAAAAAAAAAAAAGGUUCUAAGUCCAAAUCUGUUUGAAAGAAAUGACAAGAUUUGACUUAUUUUCCUCUCUAAAAUGCGUUAAAUGUGUGUUUCCUUUUUCUUUUCUUUUUUUUUCUUUUUUCCCUUUUUAUUUCCUGUGUUGCUAUUUAAAUGCAUGGACAGAGGAUGACACCCUCCCCACCACAGUCUUAAAACUCACAUGCAAAUAUGUUGUCCUGAGCUAGGCACAUACUGGUACGUUUGCAGAAUAUUCAUUCAUUAAAGCUGUCCUUUUUACACAUGCAUUAUUUGUCAACACAUCUAUGUCUUUUUGUGAGAGAUGACUUAUUGUGUUAUUUUAACACAUAGUCUACAGCUCUCUUCCCAUCAGGGUUUAUUUAGCUUGUCAGGGCAUAACAUGUUUAAACAUAAAGGCUGCACAUUCAACAGACUUGUUGGAUUUCCAUCAUGUGCACACCAGCCGGCUGUGAAGCCACCGUAAUUCUACAUCAUCCCAGGAGCACAUGUGGCACUUAACACCGACUACUGCAGUUUUUAUCACUUGUUAAAGUUGGAUCAAAGUAAACCUAAAUGAAUCCACGCAGGAAACACCUCCUUGAUCCCCUCCUUCAAUCCCACAUAAAUGGUAACCCUAGACUCUUAAUGAGCCGAAUAAAACGAAGAGGGCAGAAAUGGCCUUUUCAUCAUAAAAAGAGGAGGUAAAUGUAAAUUUGCCAUGAAUAAAAUGUCUUGAAUAUCAAUCUCAUUUGCUAAUGGCAAAUAUAAACAAAUUCACAGCCAUAGGUAACAUUUAAAAUUCAUUGUGUUCAUUGAAAUCUGAAAAUUGUUUUUAGGUUAGGAAAGACUCAAACAAGAUAUUUGUAUAAUGGUUUAUAAUAUGCUGGUUGAUGGUAUAAGGUUUGCUAUAGUGUAGGAUUAGGCUUCAUUGAACCGGAUGUAAUCUUAAUUUUUGUUGUCUGGUCAGUGUUACGGUUGGAGUUUUGCAAGUGACUUCCACAUGCUUAAAAAGGCAUUUCCAGCACAUCCAGAAUGGUAGAUGAACACACUCUUUGUGUUGAAAAGGAACUCCUAGUGUUGUAGCAGAUGAUUUAGAUGUGUUGAAAAUAACGUUCUUUUUAAGAAUGAAGGAAGUCCAAUUCUUUUCAUUUUUUUGUGCAUAUGUCCAUGCUAUCUGUUGCCUGUUCUCUUUUCAUUUAAAAAUAAAGGAGAAAAAAAAAGGACCAGAAUAAGACUAAUAUCAGGACAGCUCGUUUCAUGAUGAGUGUUUAGAGUUGGGGUGCUUAGGGUGCUCUUUUUUCCUUUUUUUUUUUUUUUUUUUAGGGGAAGUUUUGGUUUUGUCAUCUUUUUCUUUUUUCGUGUUGGUCAAAAAUCCUUUUUGCUCUUUUAUUCUGACACUGAUGUGAUGAUUAUGCAAGUGCAUUUAAUUGAUUCCAGAGGGGGAAAUUUGUUCAUUGUGGUAGCAGGAAAACAAAAAAAGUGAUGUUACAAAUAAAACAUAUUCAAAGUUUAA